AUGCCUCCUCGAAGGGACAGCAGGGAAGCUGUGCUUCAAAAGCAUCAUGACAAGGCCACCGACAGGACAACAACAUGGGCCCUGUUGAGCCGUAGCCAGCACCGCGACCCACCUUGCACGAAACCACUCGCAGAUCUGAAAAUCCUCCGGCUGAGCAACCUUCGUAUGGGGAGCAAGGCCUCUAGAUCUGCCAUCAUCGUGCGUACCAUUUGUCGGCCUCGCCAUGCAGGACCGCUGCUUCCCGUUCUGAAUGUUGUCGAGGAUGAUGCAGGCAGAGCCAUGCAUGUCGAAGUUUACUUCUCCAUCACUAUACCAGUGGUGGAUAUACUCGCAUCUGGUAUUGUUCUGGCUAUCAAAGCGCCUCGUCUGGAGAUGGGCAAGUAUGGACCAAAAAUCAGAGUUAUCCAUCCUUCUGAUAUCAUGCUUCUUCCACAAGGUCAUGAGUUGAUGCCCAAAGCGUUCUCAAGUUAUUCCAAUUCCCCUUCCAGAUCUAUCUGGGAUUGGAAAGAACAGGCAAAGGAAGCGAUGAAAAGAGACGAAUACACCAAAGCCAUCGUCUACUACUCCAACGCCAUAAAGCGUGCAUCUGAAAGUCAGCAGUCUUCUGAUGUGUCAGGAGCACUCCAUUACAAACGAUCCAUUGCUGCCAUGCGUGCUGGCCAUUACGAUCUAUCCUUCUCGGAUGCUCAGACCUCGCUUCAUCAUCUCAAGGACGAAGAUAUCAAGAACGGUGGUCGUAAGUUCUUGUGUCAGGCCGUCUAUGCUGCUUGCCAGAAGCACAACUUCCCUCAGGCCCACAGUCUGCUCAAACGCCUUUUGAAGCUUCUCCCAGAGAACAAUCGAGCACGUACCUUGAGCGAGGAUAUUGCAGCCAGACUUCGUGAGGAGAGACAUGGAUACUACGACAUUGCUGCUAUGCACAAAGAACAAAUGAUCCUCGAUCACGCCAGUUUCGUCAACUUGACAGAGAUACGAACAUCACCUGGUCGCGGACGUGGGUUGUUCCUCAAGAAAGACGUCAAGCGCGGUGAUCUUAUUCUUUGCGAGAAGGCUUUCGGAUAUGCACAACCAGUGGGGAUCUCGAACAAGAAUGCCUAUUCAAGCCGUGAUCAAGGAGCACAACUUUGGAUCGAUAUUGUACAAAAGAUCUUUGCCAAUCCGUCACAAGCUCAGAGAUUGCUUGCCUUGCAUGCAAGCCCACCAUACAAGCCUCCGAAACGUCUACUUGUCGUCGACGGUCAAGCAAUCAUCGAUGUCUUUCAAGUCAAAGAUAUCAUCGACCACAACAGUUUCAGCUAUGAAGUCAGUCCUUCGACCAAGCAUGCACAUUGCCUCUACAUUCAAGCAUCCUACAUGAACCACUCUUGCGUCGAAAACACCUUCAGAAGCUUCAUCAACGACAUGAUCUUCAUCCGUGCCAUCAACGACAUGCCCGCAGGAACAGAGCUCACAACGUCCUACUGGCCAGCCACCACCGAUGAGCCAGAGCAUCGCUUCAAGCUGCGUGAAGGCUGGGACUUUGACUGCAAAUGCCCUUUAUGCACUGCCGAAGUCCAGUGCAAAGCAGACUGGGUAAAGCUAUUCGCAGAAGUUCAGCAGAAAGCUGCUCUGAAAAAUGUCGACGAAGGCAAGACUAUAUCCAAAGUCGGAAGACUUGUCAAGAAACUCGAAACUAUCUAUUCAAAGCGUUUAUUCGCAGACCUGCCUCGCAUAGGCAUGCAAGACCUCCAAGCCGCACUUAUGUGCAUCAAUAUCUCCCUUAAUGACAAAGCCAAAACCCGCAAACAUGCGAUUGCAUACCUUCGCGAAAGAGGUUUCUGGGUCGACAAGACUUGGGAGCAAGACCCCAAACUUCAGCUCAGAGGUGCUUACGGAAUACCUGGCUCAACAGUGACAACAGCAUUAUAUUACUUGUCUCGUGUCUGCAGUGAUGAAGAUGACCAGGAAGAGGCUGAGGGGUAUCUGGCUUUGGCUAGGCAGAUGCAUUUGCUCAUGAAUGGCACUGCUCCGGGGUGGGAGGAUAUAUUAGAGGGUUUUGUGGAGAGUUGA